AUGAGUAUUGCGUUUGAAUCACCUCCUCAACGACGUCAAGGCAAUGAUACCUAUUUUACACCCUUGACAGUACCGAACUCAAUAUUGACGACAAACUCAUCCAACACUCCAAAUGGAAACAACAAUAACAAUAAUAAUAAUAAUGAUGAUAACAAUGACGGUACAAGCGGUAGUACAACUCCUUACUUUACUGCACCCAUAAGUCCAAUGCUACACCAAGAUUUUUUAAACGCUAUUCAUCAACGUCAUUCAACUCAACCAACUGUAUUUACUCCUUCUUUGGAAAGAAAACCUGUAGUAUCUUUUGCAACUGGAGGUUCUAUUGCUGACCGAAGAAGAGCAGCUAAACAACAACAACAACAACAGCAGCAGCAGCAGCAACAGCAACAACAACAACAAUUAUCGGGGCUCACACCUAUAACACCCAAACAACUGGCGGAUUAUUUGGUUAAUCAAAAACAACCAUCAACACUUGUCUUGGACGUUCGGUCUUUUGUUCAAUUCUCACAUGCUCGUAUCAAACAAGCUAUCAAUGUAUCUGUGCCAAAUACCAUUUUGAAACGACCGACUUUCACCAUGGAAAAGGUAUACGAAGCUAUUGUCGAAGCAGAUCGUCAUCGUCUGAAACAAUGGUCUUCAUAUGAUGUUAUUGUAUUUUAUGAUCAAUCUUCUACGGUAGCCCAAGACCAAUGUGCAACUUCGUACCUAGCCAAUAAAAUGAUUCUUGCUGGUUUCAAUGGUUCUUUAUUUUAUCUUCAAGGUGGUUUCGAUGCCUUCCUAUCUGUAUAUUCUGAGCAUUGUAUUGUUACACCGUCAUCUUCAACCCAAAAUCAUACUUCCAAUUCAUUACCUUUUUUACGCAACAAGGCUGUCAAUGGAACAAAAACACCUUCUUUACAUCUUGGUUCAUUACCUCCAUCAUCAGCAGCACCUAUCAGUCUUGGUCCUUAUACUGCUCCUAUGCCUCAUUUUGAAAAUCAAGCUUUUAAUCCUUUUUUCUCCAAUAUUCGUCAAAAUAUGGAAUUAUCUCAUGGUCCUAUUAAGGAGCGAUUUCCUAUUCGUUUACCCACUCAUUGUCAUUCUGUAUUACAUCCUGAUGAUCGUUCAUUGGUGAUCGAAAUGGAUGGUCUAAGUCCAAUGCCUCGAACCGUUGCUGGUGCUACUCUGGAAAAGAAUAAUCAAGGGAAAACUAUCUUCAAGGCUCCUAGGUGGUUACAAAAAGCGAUGGUGGAUGACUCUACAUUGGAAAUGAGUACAAUUUCCCUGGCUAGACUAUAUGAGAAACUGGAAAGAACUGAACAACGACGAUUACAGAACAUCAUGCAUUUUCAUUCAAAAGAUACCAACACUGAACCUCUGGACUACCCCCUCAGUAUUGUCGCCGGAAUUGAAAUGGGAGCUUUGAAUCGAUACACCAAUAUUUGGCCUUUUGAAUAUACACGUGUCAAGAUACAUGAUACCCCCAGUGGAUCGACAGGAUACAUCAAUGCUAGUUUUAUUCAAUACCAUCAUCAAAGAGCAACCAAUUCACCUUUAUCAUCAUGUCAAGUCAAUCCUACCUGUCUCAAAUUUAUGAAAUCGUCACAAUGGUAUCAACAACCUUAUCGACGAUAUAUAUCCACUCAAGGUCCUUUACCUUCUACUUUUGAUGAUUUCUGGCAAGUUGUAUGGGAACAAAAUUCUAGGGUGGUAGUAAUGUUGACAAAAGAAGAAGAGAUGAAUAAGAUCAAAUGUCAUCGGUAUUGGCCUUCAGAAGUAAAUCAGUCUAUCCAAUAUGGACCUACACGACUCACAUUGAUUGGAGAAAAAGUACACGACAUGGCAACAUCAGAUUGGAAAGAAGACGUAAUUUUUGAACGAGAAUUCACUAUAGAAAAACUUAAUCAACCAACAAGAAGAAUCACACAAUUACACUAUACUGGAUGGAUGGAUUAUGGUGUACCAGACAAUCCGUUGGGUACUUUAAACUUGGUACAAUUAGCUGAUAAAGCACAACGACAAUACGAAUCAGCAUCAGCCAACGAAAUUAUUGGACCCAUGGUGAUUCAUUGCUCAGCAGGAUGUGGACGAUCAGGAGCUUUUUGCGCCAUUGAUACAGUAUUACGCAGAUUGACACUCUCCGAUACCAACAACAAAGAAAAUAGUAAUAAGGAUAAUGGGCAAUUACAAGAUACAGAUGCGUUAUGGGAAAUCAUCUCUAUGUUUAGAGAACAACGAUUGUCGAUGGUGCAAACUUUACGCCAAUUUGUAUUCUGUUAUGAAGUAGUCUGGUGGUGGUAUCUAGGUUAUGGCCGACAAGAUCAAGAUAGUAUGGAAUUUUAG